AUGCUGGAUCCAGGAACUCCGACCGUCACGCCUCCCGUCUCUCCAGGCGGUGGCGUCGAGAGGCGUCGCUCACGGAACCCUCUCAAGAACAUGAUGCAGCAUCUCACUGUGGAUCCUCCCCCGGCUGAUGACGACCGUGAGCCCAGGAGGGCUUCUCUCAUUCGGAGGAUCAGCUGGCGCAAGAGUCGUAGUCCUUCAGCGCAUUCCGAUAGAUCGGGAGGACAGCCGCAGGACCCUAAUCUGUGCACGGCGUGUGCGGGUUGGGCGGCUGAUAUCGACUCAACGUUUGACACCAUGGAUGAUUUCUUCAUGAGAGCUCUGAAUCCGACUUCUGCGGAUACGUUUGAGAACAAGGAGCAUUCGCUAGGGCGGUUAAAGGAGCUUGAAGAGAAUCGCUUCAUGACAAAAUGUCCACUCUGCAAGCUCUUCCUCUCAGUGCACAUUCCCAGCGAGGGAGAGGGCGAUUUAUAUCUUUCUGGGUUUUCAAGUCGCGAUACAAAUUACCUCAUCGACAAUCAGAGCAUGUUUGAGCAGGGCCACUCAGCAAAGAAUAAGAUGAAAGGCGUCAGUCCAGCAUAUCUAGGCGUGGUCCCCAAAAAGAGCGGUGAUGGCGCAUUGAGCUGGGAUGUGAGCGCUGAUUGGUUCCGCGGGUCUGGUAUGCUCUAUCGAACGAUGCCUGAGCCACCGAAUGAACUCCUCAGCGCUAGAUCAGAAGGGAAGCAUUCACGUGCGAAUUCUAUGACCGAUAAUGCCGGUUGGCAGAAACGUGGUAUUUGGGGUCGUGAGCUGGAGGGUGUGAUUGAUAUGAGCAUUGGAGUGGAUUGGCUACGGUUCUGCGAAUUCUAUCACCAGGGACGAUGUGGCCGAAAACCCGUUACGCGGGAGAUGCCGGGUUUUAAGCUUGUUGAUUGCGCAAAGAAUCCUCCUCAGGUGGUCACUGCGUCUAUCACAGAACGAUAUGCGGCGUUGAGUUAUGUCUGGGGAAACAAAACGACGGAAACAUGGCCCAAGGUUGUAUGGGAUGCUGUCAUUGCGACUAAAGAUCUCGGCAUCAGGUAUCUCUGGGUUGAUCGUCUAUGCAUGGAGGAUGUUCAGCCUGCAGAGCGGAUGCAGCAGAUUGCGAGGAUGGACGAUAUCUUUGAAGGCGCCAUACUAGCUAUCAUUGCAGCUUGUGGUGAGGAUGCAGAUUAUGGUCUUCCUGGCGUGGGAUCACGAACUCGACCAGCUCAGCCAAAGUACGAAUUCGUCAACUCCAACAUCACGCUUGUAUCGAGUCUUCAGGAUCCACGGUUGGCGAUUAAGAACUCAACGUGGUAUCAGCGAGGCUGGACAUAUCAAGAAGGACUCCUUGCGAGACGGCGCUUGAUCUUUACGGAUCAGCAGAUGUACUGGGAAUGCGAGGGCAUGUGCUGUCCUGAGUCACUCAUCCUACCGCUUGAGUAUUACCACGACAUGGAGGAACAGCGGAUGUGUGACUUUAUGCGUCCUGGCCUUUUCAACGGUGUGUCGUUCGUUGAUGGAAGUUGGGAGCGUUGGAAGAGAUUACCAGGCAAGGCUGAAGAUCCAAGCACGCUUAGUAUCUUCCGAGAAGCAGACCAACAUAUCGGAAACUACACACGACGAGACCUUACAUACGACCGAGAUUCACUAGAUGCGUUCCUCGGCAUGCUAAGACGUCUUGAGACCACUGUCGGCCGCGGGAAGAUGUUCAACAUCCUCGGCAUUCCCCUCUGGGCACCACAAAUGGACCAAGGACCAGCCGUCCAAGGCCUCCCACGCACGCGCGACAUCUUUGCCCUCUCAACAUGUUUCUGGCACCACAAAGAAGGCGUCAUCGCCACAAGACGUCCUCACAUGCCCAGUUGGACAUGGGCAGGCUGGAAAGGCCCAGUUGAUCUCUACUCCUCUAUCACAGUGGUAGAUCCCGACACAAAAGCCGUUCAGCGCAAGCAUAACCACCAUCACUACGUCUCCGCCACGCAUGUAUCGCGCAACGAUCCUAAUUCUAUCCGCUGGACGUACUCACCCAACAUCGUACUCGUCAACCGCGAUGGAAGUGUAGCAUAUGACUUUGGCGCCUCGACCGCAGUGACAGGCCAGCCCCCCUCUCCACCGAAUCUUCACAUCCGCCCCUAUGGGAUCCACGUCCCCAAUCCUUUCGUCCUCGACCGCGUAAAAGCGCGUUCUCACCCUGACGGAUGGAUCUUCAACCGCGUCAGCGUCGACAUACGUAUGAGUCGCGGAGCUGGCUCAAUGCGCGAGUACAUUGAGCGUCACGCGCGGGGUGAACAAAUGACUGUGCUGUGGUUUGUAGAAGAGGCGCUUGUCAUGCUGCUUGUUGUUGAGCGGACGGAGAGGGAGGGCAGAAUUGUGUGGGAGAGGGUUGGGAGGAUGAGGAUGGGGUUUCCGGAGGAGGCGAAGGAUGUGGUCAAGAGGUGUGGACGGUUGGAGAAGAUGGUGGAGGAGUUGCCGCUGAGGAGAUUGGGAGAGGAUAUUGUUAUUGAGUAG